UCAGUUCGCGCUCAGACGUCAUCGGUGGAAAACCAGGCCAGCUCGAUCCACUCUAGCCGUGUCUCGUCUCGUUUUAGUCCGUGAGGUACUCGAUUCGAACCGCAUAUACUCGUCCACGUUCGCCCGGCGAGGAAAAGGGCGAAAAUCAUCGAUUGUAAAAUGAUAUGCUAGGCGAAACCCUACUUCAAAGCCCCCAGUGAACCGAGAUUAAGUUAAAGGCCUAUGGAUUAGUGGAGCUGGCCAAGUGAACUCAACUCUCCGCCUGAUUCCUCACAUGUUUUCCAAGGCAACUGUUUCUUCUGUAUCUGUUUUCCGUUAAAAAUUUAACUACCGCCUGCAAUUAACGAGCCCAAAAGUCCGCGGAGAGUGAACCUAGAGCAGCGCCACCAGGCAACAGUGAAAAUGAUUGUACGCAGUCGAUCCCGCCGUGCCCGCAUGUGGAACAUGGGGCUGCUGUUCUUAAUAUACUAUUGCGUCAGCAUCUACUCCGCCAAAGGAGACACCAAGGACGGACAGGUCCUGCCUCUGGAUGUGGGCGCUCUGGCCGAGGACGCUGGCGAUGCCGAGGCCAACGGAGAGGAUACUCCAGAGAGAAACUCAGAGAGUUCCGUUCUGGACACAACACUGGCGUUUGAGCCUCAGGCGAGUACACAAUCGACUCCCAUUCAUGGCGCGGUUCCCACCUGGCGCCCAAAGCGGGACAACUGCACGCCCCCGGCUAUCGAGCAGUUUCCACAGCCGCUGAUGAAUAAGUGGGCGCGACAGCACGGCGGCCUUAUCCUCCACAUACUGGUGGCAGUCUUCACUUUCUUCGGGUUGGCAAUAGUUUGCGAUGAGUACUUUGUGGCCAGUCUGGAUCGGCUUUGCGAGGGUGAGUCCUCAGCCAAACAAAAAGUGGCGAUCGAUACUUUAGCAUACAAAAUUGAAUAUCAACUUUUCGGUUGUGUAUUUAGAAAGGCAAUCAAUUUUGCAUUUGAAGAAGCGUCGUGGCUUGUUUUUUACCUCGCCAUGACCACUCGUUAUGAUCAACCACUGCAAGCUUUAAUUUCUUCGUGUAUGUAAUGUAUUUAUUAUGUAUUUUGCCAAAAUAUUGAUGGGUAACCCUUUAUAACCGGCCCAGCCACAGGCGAUUUUAUUUUUCGAUCACUGACAGGCACCGAAGUGAUAAUGGUUAUAUGAUCACAUUUUUUCUGGCGAGGUGUGAAUACUGAAAUAUUUUAAAUAUUCAACUAUUUGGUGCAGCAAAAGGAUUAUUAUAAUAUCCGUCACUCGUUUGUUUAUUCCAUUUAAGAGCUAAAGCUAUCGCCAGAUGUUGCGGGAGCCACGUUUAUGGCUGCCGGAAGCUCGGCUCCUGAACUGGCCACUGUGGUGAUAGGAGUGUUCUUUGCUAAGGACGACAUCGGCAUCAGCGGGGUCAUCGGAUCGGCCGUUUUUAACAUUAUGUUCGUGAUCUCUGUCUGCGCCCUGUGCUCGGGUACCGUCUGCCAACUGAACUGGUGGCCCCUGGUGCGGGACUGCUUCUUCUACUGUGUUUCUAUUCUUGUAAUGUUAAUAAUCAUCUUCAAUGACGUUAUAUCAUGCUUUGAGUCCGUCGUGAUGCUCCUCUGCUACGUAGGAUACUGCGUGGCCCUCCAUUUCAAUACGGAGCUGGAACGCUGGGCACUGGGUCUGAAUUUACCCUUCAAGCUACCUAGUAAGGAAGAGCAGUCAGCACUGGUAACCUACAAAAAUGUUCCAGAAGGCUCCUACACCCAAGAAAGUGUCGGCCAGACCCAGGGACAGAAGGCCACCGAUGAUAGCGAGACCAGAAGUGCGAAGCCGCAAAGCGACUACCAGGACUACAGCGAUCCGAAUCCGACAUGGGACCCGAACGCCGCAUGGGGAGAUGAGAGCCAGCCGAAUCCAGUGGCCAAUCCUCCGCCCGUUGACGACUGGGGAAUGGGUCACAGUGGUCAGGAAAACAUGGGCUACCAUGCCGACCAGCCCGAGUCUGUGGUAACAGGCGAUGGUCCACCUGCGGCCGUCAAGAGUGGUGGCCAGGUUGUGUCUACUCAGGCCACCUCGGCCGGAGGCAACGACUACUACAAGUCCACGGACAAGCAGCGAGAACCGCGCCGCGAUCCUCUACUGCGUCCCAUGGAAGGAGGGCUGCCAGCUCUGGUUUCCUGGUACGUGGUCUACCCGAUCCACUUUCUCUGCAAGAAGACGAUGCCGGACUGCCGGCAGGAGCAGUAUCGCAACUGGUACCCCUUCACCUUCCUAAUGUCGAUGGUGUGGAUAUCGUUCUACUCUUACUUUAUGGUGUGGAUGAUCACCGUGAUUGGGUCCACGCUUGCCAUUCCGGACACCGUAAUGGGUUUGACGUUUGUGGCCGCUGGCGUGUCUGUCCCGGAUGCCCUAAGCUCAAUAGCCGUUAUCAAAGAGGGCUUUGGCGACAUGGCCGUGUCGAACGCUAUAGGCUCGAAUGUCUUUGAUAUACUAGUGUGCUUAGGUCUUCCCUGGUUCAUACAGACGGCCAUCAUUAAGCCCGGCUCGCACGUCAACGUAAUAUCCAAGGGUAUGUAUUGCUUGCGUGUCUAUCUACCUUGUAGUCAUCGUCGUGUGUCCUUGGCAUGAGAGUCCUAGGCCAAGUAGCAGCGCUCGUAAUACCGUUCAAGUCUAAUCCUUAGGUGCUAUUUCCCUCUCCUGUCUGUUUUCCAAACAAUUUCGAUUUUCAGGACUGGCUUACUCCACGCUGUCGCUCUUCUCCACCGUCGUCUUCUUAAUUCUGUCGACGCACUUGAACGGAUGGAAGCUGGACAAGCGACUCGGCAUAAUUCUUAUGGUCUGGUAUUUGUUCUUCAUCACACUGGCGUCGCUUUACGAGUUAAAUGUCUUCGGCUACAUGAACCCACCCGAGUGCCCCAGCACCUACUAAGAUCAGGACGAUAACAGCAGUGGAUCUACAUUCUCAUUGCCUGCACCAAGUUUCGAAUUCCAUACUUACAUUUACGUACAUGUAGAGUUGUCCUAAGCUGCAGCUAAAACAAACCAAAAACACUGGAAAACGUAAAGAAAACGAAAAAUUAGGAGUAAUAUUUACCUAACGUUAAUUAGAUGACAAAUUUAAUACUCAAAUCCCGUUUUACAUGGAUUUUUACAUUGCACCAAAAGAAUGACAAACCAAAAGACAAAUAUUAUAAAUGUAAAUGUAUACUAUAUUUAUUAACACGUAUUUUAAGGACACAUAGGAAAAUGAAAACAAAUAAUGGUGUAAUUUCUUUAUCAUUGAUAAAUUUUUUCAAUCUUCGCCAUUAAAUUGAAAUCACAUUAAACAAAAGAUCGUUAACUUCAAAACAAAGCACGUCUUUGUGGGCUACAAUUCUUUUAAACACCAACGUCUUCUCUUCUCUUCCAUUCCAUUGUCUUCUUAUCAUUGCAAAAUAUAUAUAUAAGUUAAUUUGAUGUUUUAUUAUGAAACUCAUGAAUAACGCAUAAAAAAUUAAAGGAAGAGGGACAAAAUCCGUAAAUGAUUACUGUUAUCAUCUUCAACGACAUAAAAAGAGUUUUAAAAUUUCCGAACUUUUAAAAUGGAUUCGCAAUUUUGAGGAAAUUACACAUGAAUAUGUAAGAAAAGAAAAUUAAUUGUAAAGCGAGAUUACAACUGUAGAUAGGAAGACAAAUGUAUGUAAUUAAAAACAAAGAACAACACAAAGUAGCUAUUGCAGAUAAGGGUUUUAAUUGACAACGCAAUAUGGCCCACACCACAAUCAAAUAGUUAUGUGACUUAUUGUAAAAUCCCAAAUAAGAAGACUUUACUCGUUGAGUUUUUGU